AGCAAAAGAAGAGGUCAAGAGGAGAGCGAGAGGGGAGGUCUAGGCGCUUGGCGCUUGGUGAUUUUGGAAGGAGAUCAUGUCGAGCAAGCAAGGUGGGAAGUUGAAGCCUCUCAAAGCUCCCAAAUCCGACAAGAAGGAUUACGACGAGGAGGAUAAGGCGCACAUCGCGAAGAAGAAAGAAGAGGAGAAGGCAAUGAAGGAACUCAAGAGCAAGGCCUCCGGGAAAGGCCCUCUCACCAGUGGCGGCAUCAAAAAGAGUGGGAAGAAGUAGCCACGUACGGCCUUCGUACGUUGCCACGUUGCGAAAAGUCCUGACGUGUUAAGGCCACGUAUACGGGGUCUUCCUCCUCUAUCUUCUUAAUCGGUCCAAUCAGCUGCCACGUUGCAAAUCCACUCACAAGAAGAUGACGUGUCACAGCAUCCCGUACUGCCACGUAAAGGCUACUUUGCCUACUUGUCUUUUACCUGUAACGCGCUUCGUAUCCACUUCUCUACCAUUUGCUGAGA